AUGGGCUCUUUACCAACUAAUUAUAUUAUGAAACUUACUGGGGAGGAGGGUUUUAGUUCAGCCACUAGAACAUCAAGAAGAUCAUGUCCGGCAAAAUCUGUGGAUGACAUUGUGCUAUCUAAUAGGUUUGAUACCGGGACCGAAGAGUAUGAGGAAGAUGUUGAGACGGAUUUUGCUGAAAACCCACCUGAUCUGAUGCAAUCAAUUAACUCAACCAGUACAGUUGAGUAUGAGGCUAAGAAAAUGGAUUGGAGUGCUAUGAAGGAUCAAGUAGACCGUGAGAAGAAAGAACGGGCCGAAAAGAAGAAGAUGUAUGAACUGGCUAAGAAGGCUAGCGUUUCUAAGCCAACAAAUCCAAAGAAGAAGAAGAACAAUACUAUUAAACCUAUGGAAGAGGAAACUGUGUGGGUGGUACGGAAUUACGAGAUUAAGCCAGACCGGCUUACCAGAGAACUUCAAAAGAUUGCGAAGCAGGUUGAAGAUGAACUCGAAGCUGAGUACGAAGCAGAGGAUGACUCGGACUCAGAUGAUCCUAAUAUCCACCCAGACUUCAUCAAUGGCCGUGAUAGUGAUUCUGAUGAAGAACUCGAAAAGGAUUCUGCAAAGGACGAUGAUGAUGAAUCUGAUAAUUCUGACAAGUCUGAUGACUCUGACGAAUCUGACAAUUAA